AUGCAUUGCUGGAUGUUAAUAUUUUACAGAUUUCUGAAUGUGAUUCAAUCUAACGUGUCAGUUGCAAGAAGUGCAAGUGAACACGACAGUAUUCUUGAUUUCUUCUUUCCAAAUUUCGCUCUAGUUUUACGAGAUUUCAAUUUAACAUCUGAUACAUCUUAUGAUGAACACCUUGAACAACUGCUGGUUUACAAGACUGGGAAAUCUGACAGUGUCAAGGAGUACAACGAACCAAGGCGACUUAUUAAACGAUAUUUCAAGAAAAGGAAAUGCAUUGCACUCCCUAUUCAAUGCACAAAGCCCGAAAAACUAAAAUCAAUGCCGGAUAAUGAGAUUGACCAAGAGUUUUUGCAACGGGUAAACGACUUGCACAAAUACCUAUGUGACUGUAGCCCGUUGAAACUCAAAUCAGGCAAGCCCAUAAACGGCAGAAAUUUCUUUCAGGAAUGUUUUGAAAAUCAAUUGAAACGUUUCAAGUCAAUCGUAGAGAGAGACUCCCUUGAGAGAUGCAGAAGGUCUCUAGAAAAGCUCGACAAAAAAAUUCAACUGAAAAUCAGAGAGAAGAAGUAUGCUCAUGUGGACGGCUACAGCGAAUACAUAGCAGACAUCAACACUCUUACUGAUGAAUUUACAAAGCAAGAACUUUACCUUGGAUCAAAGACUAGAGCCGCUUUGCAGGGAUAUAUGGAUGGAAAGGUCGAAGAACAACUUGUCUACAAAAUGGUUAAGGAAAAAAAUGAACAUCAGUUACAUCGCCUUUCAUCUGGAUCAGUUGUUUUGCCAAUGGAGUUUGCAGAUGUUACAAAAGGAGAACAAUCAAGUAAAAAGAAGGCACUUGAGUCAUUUAAAAAAGAUGAAAAGGAUGGGCUGAUGAGUCUUGGAUCUGAAAUCAUUGAGAAUCUGGAAAUGAAGUUACAAGAAAUGGAGCAGGCUAAGACCGAGUUAUCAGAAGACGACACAUACUAUAAGCAACUUGUAGCAGAGUUUGACGCCUGGAAUAAUAUCUACAAACAGGCGAAACUCACGAAGGGUCCGACGAUUCCGAAGCCAAUCCCAAAGCCAAAACCGGUCAUGCCGAUCAUGCAAGGAAACGGUGAACAACGAAAUACCCCAAAAGGAAAGGAACAAAAACCACCAAAAUGUCCAAUACUUUAA